AUGGCUCAUAUGCACGAGUUUCGCAAAGGCAAACAUAGUGAUGGUACAGGGAUAUACAACACGCACAUUAGCGGGAAUCCGGCAGAUGGAGGGAACCCAUAUAUUCAUCCGACCAAUAAGCCUACGGAAAACUGUUACUGUCCCUAUCCACUGAGGGCAAAGAAUAAACUCUGUUAUCAUAUGGUAUCGUGCUUUCCAAGAACAACUUCAACGAUGUCUACUACAAGUUCAACAACUGACAGUACAACGACUGACAGUAGAACGACUGAUAGUACAACGAAUGACAGUACAUCGACUGACAGUACAACGACUGACAGUACAACAACUGACAGCACAACGACUGACAGUACAACGACUGAUAGUACAACGACUGACAGUACAAUUACUGACAGUACGACGGCUGACAGUACAACGACUGACAGUACAACGAAUGACAGUACAACAACUGACAGCACAACAACUGACAGUACAAGGACUGACACUACAACUACUGAAACUACGACCACAACGACUCCCACCACAACGACCACUACUACUACGACUCCUACAACAACGACAACAACUCCUACUACUACUACAACGACUUCUGCAACAACUACAACGACUCCCACCACAACGACAACAACAACUACUCCUACUACAACCACAACGACUGACACUACAACGACUACAACGACUCCUACAACGACCACUACUACUACGACUCCUACAACAACGACAACAACUCCUACUACGACUACAACGACUUCUACAACAACUACAACGACUCCCACCACAACGACAACAACAACUACUCCUACUACAACCACAACGACUGACACUACAACGACUACAACGACUCCUACAACGACCACUACAACCACGACACCUACAACAACUACAACGACUCCCACCACAACGACAACAACAACUUCUCCUUCUACAACUACUACUACGACUCCAACCACAACCACAACGACAACUACUCCUACUACAACUACUACUACGACUCCAACUACAACCACAACGACAACUACUCCCACUACAACUACAACGACAACACCUACCACCACAACUACAACGACCACUACUACAACAACAACCACUACCACGACUCCCACUACAACAACAACGACUAGACGACCUAAUAAUGGAACGGAGGAAUCAUCGACUACAAACUACCCUCUUUCCAGUACCACAAAGUCUUCUACACCUUCUACUACAGCAUGGAUGGAUUUGAUCAUGAAGAAGCUCAUGAAUUACUACAGGCGGAUGGGUUCUUCAAACGCGUUUUUCACAUGA